AUGAUUCUGGGGGUUCAUGGGUCAGCCAGCCCAGCACGAUUGUUAAAUUUCAGUCUAGAGCCCAAACAGCAGAAGCCCCGCUUCACAGGCCCUCCCCUGCUGCAGAGGGACUCUACCCCCUUUCCUAAGAACAGUCUCACCUCAGUCACCUUGCUACCCUCCUCUGCCCCAAAAGCUAGAGAACAACGGACUGUCUUCCACUGUCACUGUGAAUGCCAUGAGGGGUGGCUGGAGCCUUUGCUGCAGAGGAUCCAUGAGAAGGAGUCAGCAGUGGUGUGCCCCGUUAUUGAUGUGAUUGACUGGAACACCUUCGAGUACCUGGGCAACUCCGGGGAGCCCCAGAUUGGAGGUUUUGACUGGCGGCUGAUAUUCACGUGGCACGUGGUUCCCCAACGAGAGCAGGAAUUGAUGUGGUCCCCUAUCGAUGUCAUCAGGUCUCCAACAAUGGCUGGAGGGCUGUUUGCUGUGAGUAAGAGAUAUUUUGAAUAUCUGGGGCCUUAUGAUAUAGGAAUGGAAGUCUGGGGAGGAGAAAACUUUAGGAUCUGGCAGUGUGGUGGCACUCUGGAAACACAUCCCUGCUCUCACGUAGGCCAUGUUUUCCCUAAGCAAGCUCCCUAUUCGCGCAGCAAGGCCCUGGCCAAUAGUGUCCGAGCUGCGAAAGUGUGGAUGGAUGAAUUUAAAGAACUCUACUACCACCGCAAUCCCCGGGCCCGCCUGGAACCUUUUGGGGAUGUGACAGACAGGAAGAAGCUUCGGGCCAAGCUCCAGUAUAAAAACUUCUGGUGGUUCCUGGAGACAGUGUACCCAGAACUGCAUGUGCCGGAGGACAGGCCUGGCUUCUUCGGAAUGCUCCAGAACAAAGGACUCAGAGGGUACUGCCUUGACUAUAACCCUCCUAAUAAAAACCAAGUUGAUGGCCACCAGGUCCUUUUGUACCUCUGUCAUGGGAUGGGGCAGCACCAGUUUUUCGAGUAUAUAUCCCAGCCUGAGGCCUGCUUAGCUGUGGAGGAAAAGAAGGAUGUCCUUGUCAUGCAUCUCUGCAGUGACACCAUCCCAGAGAAUCAGGAGUUCAUCCUACACGAGGACGGCACUUUAGUUCACAAGCAGACCAGGAAAUGUGUCAAAGCCACAAAGAAGGAGCACUCCAAAGGGCAGGGUCAGGAGAUGGAACACGGGAGAGACUGGAAUUACUGUGUGGGUGCUGAAAAGAGGAGAGUCAGUGCAGCAGCAAGUCUGCCCCUGAGUGACUCUGAGAAGGUGGACUUGAGCCUGGAGAUAGCUGGGAGAUUGAGAAGGGACACGUGGCUUAACUCCGGAGCAGCUUAUAUCAAGGCAAUGGGAUAG